AUGGAUUAUAAGAAUGAUGUCGAUAAGAUUGACGAUGUUAUGUUGCCUGGUUUUCGGUUUCAUCCUACUGACGAGGAGCUUGUUGGGUUUUACCUGAAGAGAAAACUUCAGCACCGGACUCUUCCUAUUGAGCUGAUUAAGCAAGUCGACAUAUACAAAUACGAUCCAUGGGACCUUCCAAAGCUGGCAUCGAGUGGGGAGAAGGAGUGGUACUUCUACUGUCCAAGGGAUCGUAAAUACAGGAACAGUACACGGCCAAACCGUGUUACAGGAUCUGGAUUUUGGAAAGCCACCGGAACUGACAGGCCUAUAUACUCAUCGAAUGGCACCAACUGCAUUGGUUUGAAGAAGUCUCUGGUGUUCUACAGGGGCAGGGCUGCAAAAGGAAUAAAAACUGACUGGAUGAUGCACGAAUUUCGACUUCCAUUGACCCCUGAAAGUGGACCACCUAAGAAACUCUUGGACAAGAAUUUUCCUCCAAAUGAUUCUUGGGCCAUUUGUAGGAUUUUCAAAAAGACUAAUUCAAUGGCACAAAGAGCUCUUUCUCACUCUUGGCUAACUUCACUAUCUGAAACAUCACCAGAUUCAAGUACUCAAGGUGUACAAUCUUCAAGCAUUCAGUUAUAUAGUAGCAAUGAGUUACCACAAGGUUCUUCAGCUAACUUUUCCGAUCUCAACUAUCCUUCGCAUAAACCAACGACUGGUAUAUCAUCUACAUUUGCAACCUCAAAUGGGGACUUCCUCAGUAACUUCGUGUUCUUAUCUCCUGACGAAGAGUCAGGACCAACGAACAAGAGUACACUCGAUGUCACUUCCAUGAUUUUCAACUCUUCAGACUGCAUCGACUUUGAAGGACCACAACAUCAGUUCAAUAGCUUCCCAAUCAUUUCAUCACAAGAGAUGGAAGAAAGAAUAAGCGUGGAAGAUGAUGAAUGGGGCUUGAGAAGAUCGGUUGCGUUUCCAUUCAAUUUGCCAUCAACUGUACCAGAUGAACGGAAGUCCAAUUUUCCAUGGGAUACUCCACCAUGUCCUAGUGAAAUAUCCACUACUUAUUCUACAGACAAAUGUUAUACAGUCCCCAGGUGA